AUCUUCGUCUUCCGGUUUUAAAAUUCAUCUGAUUUUGCAGAUCAAAUGAUGCUUGUUCGGUCGGUGUUUCGAUCUCGGAUGAGACCAUCUGUCUCUGGUGGUCUGCAAUCUGUUUCUUGCUAUUCUUCAUCUGCUGCUUCAGCUGAAGCUGAAAGGACCAUUAGAGAAGGUCCCAGAAAUGAUUGGAGUAAAGAUGAAAUUAAGUCUGUUUAUGAUUCUCCUGUUCUUGACCUCCUCUUCCAUGGAGCUCAGGUUCAUAGACAUGUUCAUAACUUCAGGGAGGUACAACAAUGUACUCUCCUCUCUAUAAAGACUGGUGGCUGCAGUGAAGACUGUUCAUAUUGCCCUCAAUCCUCGAGAUAUAGCACUGGAGUUAAGGCACAAAGACUCAUGUCCAAGGACGCUGUCAUAGAUGCUGCAAAGAAGGCAAAAGAAGCUGGGAGCACACGUUUUUGCAUGGGUGCUGCAUGGCGAGAUACCAUUGGACGGAAAACCAACUUCAACCAGAUUCUUGAAUACAUCAAAGAAAUUAGAGGCAUGGGGAUGGAAGUUUGCUGCACCUUGGGCAUGAUUGAGAAACAACAAGCACUAGAGCUAAAGAAAGCUGGCCUCACUGCCUAUAACCACAAUCUUGAUACUUCAAGAGAGUACUACCCAAACGUCAUCACUACUAGAAGUUAUGACGACCGCCUUGAAACUCUUGAGCAUGUUCGUGAAGCUGGAAUCAACGUUUGUUCAGGAGGAAUCAUAGGGCUUGGAGAGGCAGAGGAAGACAGAGUAGGUUUAUUACACACACUAGCAACACUUCCUUCUCACCCUGAGAGUGUUCCCAUUAAUGCUCUACUUGCAGUGAAAGGCACUCCUCUCGAAGACCAGAAGCCGGUUGAGAUAUGGGAGAUGAUCAGGAUGAUUGGAACCGCACGUAUUGUAAUGCCAAAAGCAAUGGUGAGAUUGUCUGCUGGUAGAGUUCGGUUCUCAAUGCCCGAGCAAGCCCUGUGUUUCCUUGCUGGUGCAAACUCUAUCUUCACCGGAGAGAAGCUUUUAACCACACCAAACAAUGAUUUUGAUGCCGACCAGCUCAUGUUCAAGACAUUAGGCCUCAUUCCUAAACCGCCAACAUUCGUCUUCUACCUCUACAGAUACCCUUCUUCUCCAUCCACAGUGGAACAUUCAUCCAGUUCCAUCUACAACAUUUCCGUUAAGGACAUUGAAGGGAAAGAUGUGAGUUUGAGCAAGUUCACCGGAAAAGUGCUUCUUAUAGUCAAUGUAGCCUCUAAGUGUGGUCUAACACAUGGAAACUACAAAGAAAUGAACAUUUUGUAUGCCAAGUACAAAACUCAGGGGUUUGAGAUCUUAGCAUUUCCUUGCAACCAAUUUGGUAGUCAAGAGCCAGGUAGCAACAUGGAGAUCAAGGAAACCGUUUGCAAUAUUUUCAAAGCAGAAUUCCCAAUCUUUGACAAGAUUGAAGUAAAUGGAAAGAACACUUGUCCCCUUUACAAUUUCUUAAAAGAACAAAAAGGAGGAUUGUUUGGGGAUGCUAUUAAGUGGAAUUUCGCCAAGUUUCUGGUAGACAGACAAGGAAAUGUUGUGGACCGAUAUGCUCCAACAACAUCACCUCUUGAAAUAGAGAAGGACAUUGUCAGGCUAUUGGCAUCUGCUUGAACAUAAAAGUUAAAGGACAGGAGAGCAAACGCAUCGCAUCAAACAUGUCUGAGACUGAGAAUGAAAACCACUUUCUAUACUUAUUCUUUACAUGUAUGUUUAUUUAAAACCAUCCUUGGAAAAGAAGAUGCUUGUCUGAAUCUGUGAACCUCAUUUUCUGUAACAAGACCCCAACAAAAUGCUUAUGACAUA